AUGUCUCUCCCCGACUUCUCCUCCGACGCCACCCUGGCCAAGCUUGACGGCUACCUCGCCGACAAGUCCUACAUUGACGGCCACGCCCCCUCGCAGGCUGACGUCGCCGUCUACGAGGCCGUCGCCAAGGCCCCCGACGCGGACAAGUACGCCCACGCCGCCCGCUGGUACGAGCACAUCACCUCGUACGAGGCUGAGCACAAGGACCUCACCGGCGACAAGGCCAAGGCCGCCACCCUCCUCGCCCCCCACUUUGCCGACGCCAAGGCCCCCGCCGCCGCCGAGGACGACGACGACGACGUUGACCUCUUUGGCUCCGACGACGAGGUCGACGAGGAGGCCGAGCGCAUCAAGGCGGAGCGUGUCGCUGAGUACAACAAGAAGAAGGCAGCCAAGGGCCCCGGCCCGGCCGCCAAGUCGCUCGUCACCCUCGACGUCAAGCCGUGGGACGACGAGACCGACAUGAAGGAGCUCGAGGCCGGUGUCCGCGCCAUCGAGAUGGACGGCCUCGUCUGGGGCUCGUCAAAGCUCGUCGCCAUCGGCUACGGUGUCUCCAAGCUCCAGAUGUCGCUCGUCGUCGAGGACGCCAAGGUCUCGCUCGACGAGCUCCAGGAGAGGAUCGCCGACGAGGUCGAGGACUACGUCCAGUCGACCGACGUCGCCGCCAUGGCCAAGAUCUAA